AAUCCAUUUUCAUCGUGAUUUUCAUCAAGUUUGAUUUUUUAUCGCAUGCAUUUUCAUGUUAAUUACAGAACGCGAGAUAGUUAAAUUUUAUUUUAAAAUUGUCAUAGUUCAUUUAAAAAUACCAUGACAAAUUCAACUGAAGAGUUGAUGUGCAUGUUGGAAGAAAAAAUAAAGUUCGGUGAUGAUCUCAUGGUGCAACUGGAAUCGGUACAAAACAUUGAUGGUGUGAUGAAAUUACAAAGAAAGAUUCGGCAAGAAAUUAUAUUUCUGAAAAGGUUACUGAAGUCCAAGAAAGUAAAGAUUGAACAGCUGUCUUGUUCAAAUCUAAGGCACUUGGGUGCAAUGGUGGAUUGUGCACUGAGGCCAGGAGUGGUGGCUGUUUGCAAAGUUUUCCACAUUGAUGAUGAAAGUAAGCUGUUAAUCGACAUAAUCAGUGAUGAAGGAAAAACCUGGACCAAAGUUAUUGCCCGGAACCCCAAGUCCCUUACUGCCCUGAGUACUGGCAAGGCUUCUUAUGGUGCCCGCUCUAUAUUAGAUCAAGCUGAAGAUUAUUUACUAUGUGCCAGCUUGUAUCCUUGCAUGUAUAAGCCACCAAAGGUGAUAUUUGAAUUUACUAGUGGAAUUGAAGAAAGCUUGGCCAACAAACUUAAGACAGCAGGAGUCCUUGUGAAAGGUGAUAUUCUGCCAGAUUCUCAUGAUUAUGAUGAAGAUGAUGACAAUUCAUGGAGUUCAGAUCAAAGUGAUGAUGAUGAGUCAAAUUAUAGAGAACUACCAAGAGAAAACAACACAGUGGAAACCAUGUCACAGAGCAUCCAUGAUCAUUCAGAAAUAGACACACUAAACCUAGAUGUUACUGCAAUGAUGGCAUAUGUGAGUAAUAUGACGAAUGGGCACUGUAAUUAUGUUUUCAAACAAGAAGUUUUAACACAGCAAUCUGCUUGGGAGGCAGAGAGACCUGUAAAGCCUGUACUGGAAAGAUUAUUUGAAGGUAAAACCUUAGUCUGCUGCAAAACAGCUUGGGAUGAUUUUGAGAAAAUAAUUAAUAAUUUAGGAGGUGAUAUGGAAAAGAAGAGAACAGCAGAACUGAAAGAAAUGGUCAAAGUUUUUCCAGAUGAUUAUGGAGGUUCAGAUGACUACCCCAGGCAAAAUCUCAAAGUUAGAGGUCAUGUCCGGUUAAGAUCGAAAAUUAUUUUUAAUUUUGGACAUAGAAUUAAAGCCCUAACUGUAUCUGCAAAUGAAGGAUUUGUAAGAGCUGCACUUCAGCAGGGUGUAACAUAUGCCUCGUUUAUUCACGAGUCACGAGCUCUUACGGAAGGAAAGGAAAAAACUGCCGCCCAGAUUUUAUUAUAGAAGAUAUACUUAUAAAUCUAAUAAACAGCAUUUUAAUUCAUUAA